AAGCAAAAUAAUGAAAGAGCGCGUACACGUGUUGCAGAGAGCUACGGACAGAGCGGCAUGGCGGCGUUCCGAGAGGAAGCGGCGCGGGGCGGCGUGUGCGUGGCGCGGGAGGAGGCCCUGCGAGCCGCCCCGGGUCCGCGGGAGGUGGAGGCGGCGCUGCGUCGGCUCAACGGUGGUCCUCGCGUCGCCGUCUGCUGGUGUGAGGGCCGCACGGCGCGCGCUCUGUUGGACAGCAUGGCGCGAGAACCUUAUCUGCGAUUGAAUCUGAUCGCCAGCGACGGUUGGGCGGAUCGACGCGACGUGGUGGACGGCCUGGAGCCCCAUGCUCGAGGCGCCCUGACGCUCCGGAUCCGGUCCCCGUACUUACACGACUUCGACGACUAUUACCGAACGCUCUCACCUCAUACCAACACGAGGAAUCCUUGGUUCCGGGAGUUUUGGGAACAAAAAUUCAAGUGCUCCUUCAAAGAAAGCAGCGGGCAAGGUGUACGGCUUUGUUCUGGUUCCGAGUCACUGAUGCAGAACUACACGCAGGAGCCAAAGCUGGCUCUGGUGGUACGCGGAGUGUACGCUUUGGCACACGCUCUGCACGACAUGCGCCAGGCGACGUGCGGGGCCCGGCGUGGCCUCUGCGCUGCUCUGCUGCCGUUCAACGUGUCGCAGUACCAACGACACCUGCAGCGGGUGCGGUUCCGGGCUCCCGACGGAGCCCUCGUCGCAUUCGAUGACCACGGCGACCCGCUACCCGAGUACGAUGCUUUCUUUACUCUUUAUCUCUGUAUUCACUUACUAAUAAUUUAA